AUGGGGUUUCUUGCGCGUUAUUUCGCCGUAGCUAGUCUGGCGGGCGGUGUUGCUGCUCAGUACUUCCCCGCGACGCCUGAGGGCCUCAAAGUCAUCAAGUCAAAACAUGAAGAGGGUGUGACUAUUUCUUAUAAAGAGCCGGGAAUCUGUGAGACCACCGAAGGGGUGAAAUCAUAUGCGGGAUACGUGCAUCUUCCCCCAGGCACAUUGGAGGACGUCGAUGUAGACCAGCGUUAUCCCAUCAAUACAUUCUUCUGGUUUUUCGAGUCUCGACAUGACCCGGCUAAUGCGCCGCUGUCCAUAUGGAUGAACGGCGGCCCUGGAUCGUCCUCGAUGAUCGGUCUGCUUCAGGAAAACGGACCGUGUCGAGUCAACCCUGAUUCAAACUCGACGUAUCUAAACCCCUGGUCGUUUAACAACUAUGUCAAUGUCUUGUAUAUUGACCAGCCUAAUCAAGUUGGAUUCAGCUACGACACACCCACCAAUGGGACUUAUAAUCAGUUGAAUUCAGAGUGCGAUGUGUCUCCAUUUUCCGAUGGCGUGCCGGAGCAGAACAACACUUUCCAGGUCGGAACCUUUCCCAGUCAAAAUCCAAACUCUACGGCGAACAGUACUGAGAACUCCGCUCGGUCUUUGUGGCAUUUUGCACAGACUUGGUUCUCUGAGUUUCCAGAGUACAAGCCCAACGAUGAUCGCGUCAGUAUCUGGACCGAGUCGUAUGGUGGACGCUAUGGUCCAUCUUUCACUGCCUUUUUCCAGGAACAGAAUGAGAAGAUCCAGAAUGGUACCCUGAAGGGUGAUGGGGAGACGCACUAUAUCCAUCUAGAUACCCUUGGUAUCAUCAAUGGCUGCGUUGAUCUGCUCGAGCAGCAGCUGUCGUAUCCAGAAUUCGCAUACAAUAAUACCUAUGGUAUACAAGCUAUCAAUGAGAGCGUUUAUAACGCUGCUGUGGAUGCCUGGAGCAGACCCGGUGGCUGCAAGGAUCUCAUCAUUGAAUGCCGCAAUCUGGCCGCUGAGGGAGAUCCGGGGCUCAAUGGCUCCAAUGCCACAGUCAAUGAAGCGUGUCAGAAGGCAAAUUCGUUCUGCGGAAAUACUGUCGAGGGUCCGUACGUUGAGUUCUCCGGAAGGGGAUAUUAUGACAUCGCCCAUUUCGAUCCCGAUCCAUUUCCUCCCCCAUAUUUCCUUGGCUAUCUGAACCAGCAUUGGGUUCAGAGUGCGCUUGGUGUACCUGUCAACUUCACCGAGUCGGUCAGUAGCGUCUACGAGGCGUUCUCCUCGGUGGGUGAUUAUCCCCGAUCUGACGUACGCGGCUAUCUUGAGGAUAUUGGCUAUAUCCUGGACUCCGGCAUUAAAGUUGCCCUGGUUUAUGGCGACCGUGAUUAUGCUUGCAACUGGAUCGGAGGAGAGGAAGUCAGUUUGAAGGUCAAAUAUACCGACUCAGACAAGUUCCGUGCUGCUGGCUAUGCCGACUUGCAUACGAACAGUUCCUAUGUCGGUGGCCAGGUUCGUCAGUAUGGGAACUUCUCUUUCACCCGUGUCUAUCAAGCCGGUCACGAGGUGCCCGCGUACCAGCCAGAGACUGCGCACGAGAUCUUCUAUCGAGCUCUGUUCAACCUGGACCUCGCCACGGGCAAUGUCUCCACUGCCCAGAAUGAAAGCUAUUCCACUGAAGGCCCGAGCUCGACUUGGGAUAUCAAAAAUGAUGUUCCUGACAGCCCCAAGCCGACCUGUUACAUCUUGGCCAUGGGCAGCACCUGCACCAACGAUCAGGCGCAGAGUGUGAUCAACGGAUCUGCGACGGUCAAGGAUUAUAUUGUGGUCGACUCCAACUCUGAGGAAAACCCGAUCUCGGUCCGGGUCUGA